GAAACAUAUCUUCAGUUCCUGAGAUGGAUGAAUCACAACACAAAGAGCAGAGUGUGGUCACUACAGUAAAAAGGAAAUCAGAUAGAAAGAUGAAGUGGACAGAUAAUAAAGUGCAUGAAAAUUAUGAUGGUAGUGGUCAUGGAAGAAUAUCUUCAGAUACUGACCAUGAUGAAUGCCCACAUGAGCAUCUGAGCAGGUUUGUAUCCAGCUCGCCUAUUGAUAAUUCUGACAAACUUGAAAUUGCACUUGCUAUUGACACAUCAUUGGAAGAUCCUGAGAUUCAGUUUGGCAACAUGUAUGAUAACAGUGAGAGUGCUCUUAUGUCUACACUUUCAUGGCAUUUCCCAGAUGAGGAGUUCAUAAUGAAUGAUCAACAAUUGCCUGUGGCUUCAACAGAUGAACCAGCUAGGGAUGAAAGUGUAAAAGGGGUCCAGAAAAUAAAAAUAAGACGUGUAAAUAGAAUUCAGGAUAUGAUGAAUGUUUUCAAGGAACCUAAAGUUCUGGAUGUAAUAUUGCGAAUUCAGUUUGUCUGUGAGAAGGCAAUAGAUGAUGAUGAAGUAUCAAGGGAAGCCUACACAGCCUUUUGGGAGGAGUUUAUGGAACAGUGUGAAGGAGAUGAGGAACGGGUCCCCAGACUCAGAGAAGGAAUAGCAGGCUGUUGGUAG